GUGGGGGUGCUGAAUUAAUUAUCUGCUCCCUCGGUAUUGGCCAGUUUUUGGAUAACGGGCAGCACAUGAAUGCAGCGCGGUCAGAAGUCACCCAGAGGUUGCAGGGUCACUUCCAAUGAAAAGAUGAGGGGAGCUGCUUCUCAUCGCCCUCCGAGCCUCUGAGCUGAGCCCCGGGGACAAAGAUGAGUCGCACACUGUUGAAAAUGUGGCGUUUUACGUUUUCCCACCUGACCGCGGCAUCUCUGAGCUCAGCGUGAAUGAGGGACGGUGGUAAAUUGACCCACGUCUAGACAAGCAGGAAGUAAACAACAUGUUUUGCGAGACAUGAUGCGACACGCCUCGUGUUUGGCUUUCCGCCUUGCGCCCCAAGACGACUUGUCUUUUACAUUUGAGUUUUACGCAAGAAAACAAGUAUCUGCGCAAAUCUGCGCUGCGUAAACACCCCGGAACUGUCUCAUCAUAACCUAAAGUGGAACUAAAACCAACAGCUCUAUGCAUGGAAACAGCUCAUUACCUUAUUCAUGAAUGACACCUCUAUAAAUUCUGUCUGGACGCAUUUAACAUUGGAUUUCUCACCGGAAUGUGUGGCUCCGUGCGCACCGUUGUUGAGACAGCUUGCAAGCACGGCCCCAACGUUUUCUUUGAUGUUUUUACAAUGUUUGUCCAGUUGCUUAGCGCAUGGUGCAGCUUCAUAAAAGUUUCAGACACUGGACGACCACGGGGGCGGUCAGAGGGGCUGCCCUUUCCACCUCCAUUCACACUCUGAAAGGCUGAUGUUGCGUCUUUCUCUCUCAUUGUGUAUUUUCGUUCGCUUAUUUCGCUGGUUCGGCUGUCGGUUCGAUUUUUGCGCAUCGUUGCACGAGUUUUGAUAUCAAGGCGAGUAAUUUAAAGCAGCCCACUGGGAUUUAUUUACUCCUUACCGGGAUAUAUUUCGUUCUUUAAAUGUCCAGCGCACGGGAACUCGUUUGGCUCGUUGGGAAUGUAAGUUUUGUCUUUGCGCACAGCAAACUGAGUCUCAUAUUUACGCACAAAACGGACGAGCACAUUUGAAAAUCCACAACAGCCGUCUCCCUUCUUUCUGAAGACGCAAAGGAGGAAUGGAAUUACCCGGCGGGCGACUCAUACAAAAGAGCAACAAUGCAUAAAAUCCCCCUGCAACACUUGGAGGAUAUAAAGGAUACAAGUUGGCAUAACGCACCGAGCGCAAAUAAACUUCUACCAGGAUGGGCACGUGCGUAUAUGUUGAUGCUCCUAGUUUGUGAUUUGCUCGAAGUCUCUUUGUGUGCAAGUGUGGCAGGAGCCAAAGUUGAACACGAUGGACUCUGUCCUAACAAACUGAAUUCCAAUCUUUGGGUUGAUGCUCAAAGCACCUGCGAGAGGGACUGCAGCAUCGAUGAGGACUGCGCUGACUUUGAGAAAUGCUGCACCAAUGUGUGUGGCCUCAACAGCUGUGUAGCUGCUCGGUUCUCUGAUGGCACCCCAGCGCAGCCAGAUGGGCAGGGUGGAGAAAAGGGAGAUGCCGCCCCCGCCUCCACAGCUACCUGUGAGGGCUUCAUCUGUAGCCAGCAGGGAGCGACCUGUGACAUCUGGGACGGACAGCCGGUCUGCAAGUGCCAGGACCGGUGUGAGAAAGAGCCCAACUUCACCUGUGCAUCAGAUGGUCUCACCUAUUUCAACCGCUGCUACAUGGACGCAGAGGCCUGCAUCCGGGGGGUGACUUUAACUGUGGUCCCCUGCCGCUUCUAUCUUGCCGGGCCACACACCAGUCCGCUGCCUCAAGACACCACAGUUCACCCCACCCCGACAUCCUCCCAGGAGGACCCCAUGCCCCCCACGUUGUACUCCAACCCGCACCACCAGUCCAUCUACGUUGGAGGCACAGUCAACUUCCACUGCGAUGUCAUCGGAGUCCCCAGACCUGAUGUCACAUGGGAGAAGCAGACUGACCGGCGUGAACGGCUGGUCAUGAGGCCCGACCAGAUGUAUGGCAAUGUGGUCAUCACCAACAUUGGACAGCUCGUCAUUUACAACGCUCAGGUGUGGGACACAGGUAUCUACACCUGCAUUGCGCGCAAUGCAGCAGGAGUUCUUCGUGCAGAUUAUCCACUGUCCGUCAUUCGCCGGGCUGACGAUGAUUUCUCUGAAGAUCCAGAGAUGCCCAUGGGGCGGCCGUUCUCACCAGCAGACUGCCUAGCUGAAGUCGACCUGAGAGUGUGCAGUGGAGAGCGUCAUGUAGACUGGUACUAUGACAGCAAGCUGGGCUCCUGCGUGACCUUUAGCAAUGGCGGGUGUGAUGACAGUCGCAAUCGAUUCGAGACUUAUGAGGAGUGCAAAGCCUCUUGCCAGAGAGAAGGCAUGGGGAUCUGCUCCCUGCCUGCUGUUCAGGGCCCCUGCAAAGUCUGGGAGGCACGUUGGGCCUGGAAUUCCGUAAUGAAACAGUGCCAAGCCUUUGCCUAUGGUGGCUGCCAUGGGAAUGCCAACAGCUUCCGCACCAAAAAGGAAUGUGAAGCAAACUGCCCACAACCCAAGAAAAAACCUUGCAAAACCUGUCGGGUAAAGGGGAAAAUGGUGCCCAGCUUAUGCCGAAGCGACUUUGCCAUUGUGGGCCGACUGACAGAGCUGGUUGAAGAUCUGGAGUCUGGGUUAGCUCGCUUUAGCUUGGAGGAGGUCCUGAGAGAUGAAAAGAUGGGCUUGACUUUCUUCAACACAAAACACCUUGAGGUGACUAUCACCAAGAUAGACUGGAGCUGCCCCUGCCCCAACAUCACCAUGGAGGAAAACCCUUUGCUGGUGAUGGGCAUGGUGCAGGAUGGCAUGGCCAUCAUUCAGUCUGACAGCUAUGUCAGAGCCAUUACCGAACGCAGACUCAAAAAGCUGCGUGACGUUCUGAAUAAAAGAACCUGUGAGGUGUCAUGAAAGUCCAGGAACUUGUUUGCCUGCAGAAGGACUGUGGUCACAUUUACCUUUGCAAGCAUCGGAAUUGCAACAUAAAAAGCUGAUAUUUAAAACACAAUAGAAGAUCUUAAAUACCGCAUGUAAAUGAAUUUAUGAGAUCAUUUGUUUAUAUUAAUUCCAACAGAUUGUUCUACAUUCCACGUGUUGUGAGCGCAUUAAUGCUGAACUGCUGUUUUUAAAUAAGCUUAAAUAUAGAUUUUUUAAAAUUCAUCUUUUUAAUAUGUAUUGUGUAUGUUCGUAUUGUACGAUAGCUGGCAGAAUAGCAGCCACACAGGAUGAUCAUGUUGCAAAAAAUCUAGACUCUAAUAAUACAGGAAUAGAUAGUAAUUACCUCUAGUUUUUUGUUUUGGGCUCAUGCAUGAAUUAUUGUUUUAUG